CCGUGCAAGUGUAUAUAUCCCAUUCAACCGUUACACUCUUUAUUUUCACAACAUUGCAAUUAUACAUACACACCCACCAAAAAAGAAAACCACCAAUACCCUCAUUUCAUUAAUCAAUGAAUUUAUAAAAAUAAUAAUAAUAAUCCGCUUGUGGGUUUUCUUAAUUUUACUAUUUUAGAACUCCUGUAAAGUCUGCAAUGGAGUUCUUAAUCAUUCUACUGGCAGCUACCGCCGCCGUCUCCGCCGUGCACGGCGGCGCCGGUAGGGUUUUGACUCUUGAAAGGGUUUUUCCGGCGAACAAGACGGUGGAGCUCGAAGUUCUCAGAGCACGUGACCGUGUGAGACACGCGCGAAUCUUGCAGAGUUUCUCCGGUGGCAUUGUUGACUUUAACGUUGCUGGAACCUCCGAUCCUUACUACGGCGGGUUGUAUUUCACUAAAGUGAAGUUAGGUUCUCCACCAAAAGAGUUCAAUGUUCAAAUCGACACCGGUAGCGAUAUUCUGUGGGUUACUUGCAGUUCUUGUAGUGAUUGCCCUCAAUCAAGUGGAUUCGGUGUUGAUCUUAAUUUCUUUAAUGCCGGAAGCUCAUCAACGGCUUCUUCAGUAUCGUGUUCGGAUUCUGUAUGUUCUUCGAUAGUUCAAACGUCAGAUGCGUCAUGUUCUGAAGGCAAUCAAUGUGGUUAUAGGUUUCAGUAUGGAGACGGUAGUGGAACAUCGGGUCAUUAUGUCACGGAUUUGUUUUAUUUCGACACUAUUGUUGGCCCUUCCAUGGUUGCUAACUCUUCGGCUUACAUUACUUUCGGGUGUAGCACAUAUCAAACAGGUAGUUUGACCAAACCAGAUAAGGCGAUUGAUGGGAUCUUCGGUUUUGGUCAACGUGAUUUAUCUGUUGUGUCACAACUCUCAUCACACGGGAUUACUCCAAAGGUGUUCUCACAUUGCUUAAAAGGAGACGGAACAGGUGGCGGCAAGCUUGUUCUCGGUGAAAUUUUGGACCCCACCAUGGUUUAUAGUCCCCUCGUCCCAUCACAGCCUCAUUACAAUUUGGAUUUACAGAGUAUUGUUGUCAAUGGACAGAUGUUGCCAAUUGACCCGGCUGUUUUCGCCACAUCAGAUAACCACGGAACCAUUGUUGAUACAGGAACAACUUUGACAUACCUCGUUGCAGACGCAUUUGAACCCUUUGUCAAUGCUAUAACUUCUGCUGUUUCACAAUCAACAACGCCUGUUCUCUCCAAGGACACUCAAUGUUAUUUGGUUACAUCAAGCAUAAAUGAGAUUUUCCCGGAGGUUUCCUUAAACUUUGCUGGCGGUGCAGCCAUGGUUCUUAAGCCGGAGAACUAUCUUGUACAUGGAGAUCCUGUUGAAGGAGGUACACCAUGGUGCAUGGGUUUCCAAAAAGUUCAAAACGGGGUAUCAAUUCUCGGAGAUCUUGUGCUUAAAGAUAAGAUAUUCGUAUAUGAUUUAUCAAAGAAAAGAAUUGGAUGGACCGAUUAUGAUUGUUCAAAUGAUGUAAACGUCUCGAUAACUUCAAGUAAGGAUGAAUACCGAUAUGCAGGUGAGCUAAGUGAGAGUAGUUCAUCAAGAACAACCACAAGUGUUGUUCUUCAAGCUCUUUUGCUUCAUAUGGUAGCGGUUACUCUUGGUUCUUUACUAUAUGGUAAAUAGUCAAUAACUCAAAACGUCAUUGUUUUGACCCGUUGUUGGUUUUACCGGCCUAUAGUCCUCCUUAACAUGAAAUCAUGCUAAGUGUGGUUUGAGUUAAGGGGUCGGAUUCGAGUUCGGUGGUUCAAGUCGUUUGUGGCUGGUGGUUACUGGGAGAUUGGUGAUGUUUAGAACGCGGUUUUGGAUCUUUCGGUUCAAGUGGUUUUUGAUUUUGGAGUCCAUUCAUGUCAUUGUAACAUGUUCAAAUUAUUGGAUUUUUUUUUUGGUCGUUUUGAACCACUUUUUAGUGAUUUUUUCUUUGUAAAAUAACUAAAUACAUAUUUGUUUAUAUUAUUUAAUAUUUAUUCAUGCUA